AGGACGGAAACUGUCGGCAGGAACGUAUCCAGUACAUUACGUGGCCAUGGAUCCUUACCGAAACCGAGCUAAGUGUUCUUUCACCGUGACUGUCCAGUCUCGGAACUCCCCGCAUGCACGCCCACAGUUUCCUUCCGACCAAGUGCUGGCUGUCUGCCCGGGUUUGAACGGAGGAAAACCCAUCCUGAUGUAUGCUUGGCGUGUACCCCAGGGAUGCACCGUAGUUCGAGGCAGCGGCAGUGUACUCCAUGCCCAUUGGGAACAUACACUGACAACUUCGCAAGCCAACGAUGCAAGCAGUGUGCCGACGGAUCCACGACAGCAGAGCCAGGUGCCAACUCGAACGCCCUUUGUCUUUUCCCCGUUGAAUGGACCGAGAGCGCCGCCCGUGCACAGACUGAACAACGAAAGAAAGUAUGGGAAGAACGCAAAACGUUUUCGUGGACGUAAUCCCGUCAGAGGUGACUUGGCAUCGACCUACCACGAGCAAGCUUCAGCGUCCUCGGCAGCCACACACUUCCUGCAGAAUUUCCCCUUUUCCGCUCUCCCGCCCGGCACCACGAUGGCACUGGCACACGCCCAUGUCAGAGGAGGCUCGAAUACCCACGCACAAGCCCAUGCCCAGGCUGGCAUCUAUAACUUCGGCUAAGGUCCUUUUUCUCCCUCUCUAAAUUCAUCGCCUUUGACCUUACGUUACGCAGCCAAGAGUUUUGUACACUGAACGUACGAUAUUGUGUAGCACAGGGAGCACUUAGUGGUAAAGGAAAUAUUUCAGGAAACUGAUAUUCCUGUUAUUGUGUAUAUAGUUUUUUUUAAAUUUCUUUUUGUUGUCCUUUCCAUGAAUUACCCCAUUCGGUAUACUAAUGGAGGUUCUAAUAUGAAUCAAUGAUUCUUUGUUAUUAUUUUUCUUACGAAGACGGUACCAUAGGCAAUUUUGUUCUUAAAACUAAAGUACUAAAGUUUGGCAUAUAUUGCAGAUACAGUCAUUUCUUAAGACAUACAUGCUUCUGGCAGAAUAUUCAUCAAUAUCCUUCCCUUUGAUUUUUGAAAAUAAGAUAUGUAGACAUGACGAGAUAUACAUAGUGUUUCCAAAGGUGAUAACAAAAUGUAUGUUGUGCUGUAUGUAUGCAUAUUUUAUAGGUGUUAUAUUUUGUUACUUCUUUACCCUUUUUAUUUAUUCUGCACUAAAUAUUUUAUCUAUUUAUUUUGAAGGAGAUGGAAAAGUAUAAUUUGUAAUAAUACGAUAAUGUGUUCGUAUGGAUAUUCUGCCUGAAAUUUCAAUAAUUUUAAUUCACUGAUCAAAAUUGCCUCGGAUGAGUCAUUGGAUUACAUGAUUGACUAAUUUUACAAUCUCUUUUCCGGUUUGAUUUACUCUGUUUUCAAAAGGCUGCCUCGAAGAAGGUGAAAUAAUAAGGAUGCAGUAACAUCCUUUUUGAAAUAAAACAAAAUUACUGAAUGUUGGACAUAAAACAGUGUUUUAAGGUACGACAAGUAUUCAAAGUUAUUUAUACAUGUUGUCUUUUACAUGUGAUGACCGUCAAAAUUUGCAACAUUCAAAAUCCUAAAUCUGUGUUAAUAAAAGAGUCUUAGCUUAAAGAUACUUGAGAUUUAAUUUAAGUUUUGAUUAGGUUUCUCUGUUAGUCAUCGUUUUUGUAAGAAAGGAAUCCAUGAAAAAUGAUUAGAAAUACCUCCCUUCUUUUGGUCUGAAACAACGCACUUAAAAAGAUAGGUGGCACCACUUACAAAUAUUUUGUACGUUGAAACCAAAAAUAAAGCUUUUCUGAGUAUCCUGAGGGUCGGUUAUGGUAUGGAAGGCCUCAUUACUUUGAAUAAAUGAAUGGAAUGUCCAUUUUACAUCUGGUGAUUAUAGCAACAUGGAAUAAUUUGUGCAAAUUAUAUUUUAUUUAGCUAUUUCUUGCGUCCUUUGUUGAAGUCAGUGACGUCAUCUAGGUCCAGCAUGUCCUUUGUCACAAUUGUCAGUUUGUUUGUCGAUAUUUUGUAAUAAGUUUUUUUUUUUUUUUUUUUUUU